AUGGCCACCACCAAUCAGAAAGCAGCCUUCGCCUUCAAGAAGGCUGUGACGAUCCCCAGCACCCUUCCCCAACAGAGCCAACCCGGAGCCAGUCAUGAGUUGCUCAAGCUGCAGUCACAGUCACACCAACAUCUUGCCUUUUCACUCGCGGCAGCAGAACUGUCAGCAAGUACCCCUCAAAAAGAGGUCAAGCCCUCAGAAGUCUUCUCUGGCUUGGCUUUUGAUCGAGACUUUCUGCUUUGA